AUGGCAAUACGAAUAGCUAAUGGAAUAAAGUUACGCCCGGAGCUUGAAGAUGAAAACGAGCGUUACGUGACAGGAGGUGCUCCCCUCCAGCCGCUACGCGCUAUAUUGCCCCCUAAAGAGUCUAUGCCUACUGUUCGUACCGAGAGGCUUUGCCUUCGGCCCCUGACACAUGAUGACGCGCAGGCCAUUUUUGACUGUAGAUCGAAGGACUUGAGAUUAAAUCACUUUAAAAAUAUUGAUGACGUUCAUGCCUGGAUGGACAGGAAGAUUUUCAGUGUGCCGUCCGCACCGGAAAGCCGACGGGUUCAAUAUGCAGUAGUCCUGGGAGAUAAUCCUGGCGGACCUGUUAUUGGAAGUGUAGGCCUAAACCAAGUGCAUCCGGUACCGAAUAUUGGGUAUGGGAUUGACGAAAGGUUUUGGGGAAAGGGAUAUGCGUCAGAGGCAGUGGGGGGGUUGUUGAAGAUGUGGUGGGGGCUUCCGCGGACGGAGGGAUAUGAAGCCGAGGAGAAGAGCGACGACUGGGACGGAAAGGAGCGAGUGUUUGCAACUGCGGAUAAAGAGAACACGGCGAGUCUACGAGUGCUGGAGAAGAACGGCUUCUAUGUGUAUUUCGAGCGGACCAUGGGCGACGGCGUGCGGGUGUGCAGCGCGGCGGUGGAGCGGCCGGAUAAUUAA